AUGGGAUUUUGCUCGGUGCUGGUUGAUAUUAGGAUUGAUUCUCCAAAAUUAGCGGAGUCGGCUUGUUUGGUUAUGGGUAUAGUAGGAUAUGAACUUGAGCUGAUUCAGCUGAAACAAGAAGGCAAGAGGGGCUCCCACCCCCACCACCGGCGACGACGCUUCCCACCUCCACCUGUGACCACGCUUCCCACCUCCACCUCCACCACCAAAACCCAACCCCGGCGCUCCCCACCGCGGAGCGACCGCCCCCACCACCGGCUUCUGGGCAGUCCGACGUUGUUACAUCCACCACAAAGGACUAGAGUCAGAGUCCACUACGGGUCACGUUUUGGUGGUUGUGUCUCACUCGGGCAUACUGGGAUGAGUUCAAUCAUGUCUUUGUUCAUAUGGCGCGGCCAAUGGAGAGAGAUUGAAGCUAUUCAGGUGGAGCAUAUCAGGAAAAGUAUCACACAUCCCAGUCCUUGGUUGAUCCGAAACAAGUUUCAACAUUAGCUAUGGGACCAAUUGCUUUGCAAAGACUAGUGGAGACUCGAAAAGGCAGUGAAAGAAAUUGAAGCUAUUCAAGUGAAUCAAAGGCCAAGGAAAAUGAUCAAUUUAUUGUAGUUUGGAAGAUCAAUAUGUACUAAGCUUUGUAAUAUCAAGUUGUAGUAUUGCAAAACCUAACUUCAUAUGUAAUUGAUAAUUGUGAUGAGAACAGCCCGGCGUGGGUUUUAAAUUUAUUGUAUUAUGGUUUUCGUUGUGAAUUGAUAAUUUGGCAAUAGAUUUUGGCUA